UGACACAUUUCAUUGGAACUUUCUACGGCCAAGCAGGGCUGAUGUUUCCUGCUCCCCCACUUACUUAACUGACGCUCAUGGACAGCAAGAACAUUCAAAUUCACUUUGAGGUUUUUUUUAUAAUUUUUUUUACCGAAUCGAAAUUGGAAAUAUUGUUUGUUGUGCCGACAGUUUAAAUGGUGUGGAGCGAAAAAAGCUUCGCUGGAACUCCGAAAAUAGAUGAACACCGCAUCAAAAUACUGUAAGAAUUGACCCAUGAUGGGGACGGGCCAGUUGUAUACUUGAAGUCUUAUCCUGAGGAGGCCGCUUUACUCUAUGACCUUGCACCCCUUUGAAUGCCGACAGCCCCGACGAUGGAGGAGCAACCCAGUCACCCCAAUGUCAGCAUACCCUGCCACGACGAGCAGAGGGACAAGAAGAAGCGUUACACGGUUUACAAAGUAAUAGUGAAUGUUGGACAACAGGAAUGGUUUGUCUUCAGGCGUUAUGCAGAGUUUGAUAAACUCUACAGCACAUUAAGGAAACAGUUUCCAUCUAUGAACUUGAAAAUUCCUGCCAAGAGGAUAUUUGGGGACAAUUUUGACCCUGAGUUCAUCAAGCAAAGAAGAGCAGGGUUGCAUGAGUUCAUCAAGCGAAUCGUCUCCCAUCCUCAGCUUUGCAACCAGCCUGAUGUGAGGACCUUUCUGCUGAUGGACAAAAUGCAAAACCUUUCCGAUGCCUCUGAGGACGAAGAUGACAAAAACAACUCUAUCUCCAGAAACAUUAACCUGGGACCUUCUGGAAACCCACAUGCCAAGCCCACAGACUUUGACUUUUUAAAAGUCAUCGGAAAGGGGAGUUUUGGGAAGGUUUUCCUUGCAAAACUAAGACAUGAUGAAAAGUAUUAUGCAGUCAAGGUUUUACAGAAAAAGGUCAUUCUCAACAGAAAAGAGCAAAAACACAUCAUGGCUGAGCGCAACGUGCUGCUGAAGAAUGUGAAACACCCUUUCCUGGUUGGGCUUCAUUACUCCUUCCAGACCACAGACAAGUUAUACUUCGUCUUGGAUUUUGUCAAUGGAGGAGAACUUUUCUUCCAUCUUCAAAAAGAGAGGACCUUUCCAGAGCCCAGAGCAAAGUUCUACAUUGCUGAGAUGGCCAGUGCACUGGGAUAUCUGCAUUCUCUCAACAUUGUUUACAGAGACUUGAAGCCAGAAAACAUCCUCCUUGACUUUGAGGGGCAUAUCAUUUUGACGGACUUUGGCUUGUGCAAGGAAGGCAUUUCCCAGGCAGACACCACCACUACGUUCUGUGGAACACCGGAGUACUUAGCUCCAGAAGUCCUGAAGAAGCAGCCGUAUGAUAAUACAGUGGACUGGUGGUGUCUGGGUUCAGUGCUGUAUGAAAUGCUCUUUGGACUGCCGCCAUUCUACAGCAGGGAUACGCAUGAAAUGUACGACAACAUCCUCCACAAGCCGUUGGUGAUGCGUCCCGGUGUGUCCAGCAUAGCCUGGACUCUCCUCCAGGGCCUGCUGGAGAAAGACGGCACACACAGACUGGGGUCUCGGGAUGACUUUCAUGAGAUCAAAGCACACAGCUUCUUCUCCUCCAUCAACUGGGAUGACCUCGAACAGAAGAAGAUCCCUCCCCCAUUCACGCCAAAUGUGAGCUCUUACUGUGACAUCUCAAACUUUGAUCCUGAGUUUACAGAUGAGAUGGUCCCCAACUCCAUCUGCUGGUCUAAAGAUCAUUCCAUAAUCAACGCCAGUGUAAUGGAGGCCGACGAUGCCUUUGUGGGCUUUUCUUAUGCCCCAGCUUCUGAUGACUCUUUCCUAUGAAACAUUCCUAAUGAGGUCUUAACCACCAUAACUUCUCUUGACUAAAGGGAAGAAUUUACACCUUGGAUUAACUUGUUCUAUGAAGCCAAAGCAAGCAGCUGAGACGAAACAGCACUUAAAACAUAUUUUGGUUGGAACAAAGAGUGCCAGAAAAGUCUUUAUUUUUUACCAAUUUGUAUUUAUAUAAAUAUAUAUAUAUAUAUGAUAUUUUAAGAAUUAAGGACAGACAUCCUCUAUUAAUGUUAUAUCUGGUGGUUUCUAAAAUGAGCCUUUAUAAAGCCUUAAAUGUGUCCCUUAAAUGAAAUCAAUAAG